AGUCAGCCCACCAUUUCAAACGCCACACUCACUCACACCAACGCGCACAGGCGCAAGCCCAAACUCCGAUCCGUUCGUCCGAAUCCCCAAUCCAAAAAAAUCAAAAAUCCCAACACAACACCAAAAAAAAAAAAAUCCCCCUCGAAUCUAACCCAACCCCUCCCCUCUCCUCCUCCUCGAUUCAAACGGUGCCCACCCUCGCCGCCGGCCGCCGCGCGCCGCCGCAGUAGCCCGACACGCAUCGCCGCCGCCGCCGCCGCUGGAGCGUUGGCGGCGAUGGAAACCCUAAUGGUGGACCGCGUCCACGGCAGCCUCCGCCUCUUCAUGCACCGCAACGCCGUCUUCCUCUGCGAGCGCCUCUGCGCCCAGUUCCCCGCCGAGACAAAUGUCCAGUUGCUAGCGACUUGCUACCUUCACAACAACCAGCCAUAUGCUGCAUACCACAUCUUGAAAGGAAAGAAGCUGCCAGAGUCCCGGUACUUGUUUGCUAUGUCAUGCUUCCGAAUGAACCUCUUACGGGAAGCUGAAGAAGCCUUGUGUCCUGUCAAUGAACCAAAUAUUGAGGUUCCAAGUGGUGCAACAGGGCACUACCUUCUUGGAGUAAUUUACAGGUACACUGGCAGAGUGGAAGCUGCAGCUGAGCAAUUUGUACAAGCUCUGACUCUUGAUCCUCUUCUAUGGGCAGCAUACGAGGAAUUGUGCAUACUAGGUGUUGCUGAAGAUGCAAAUGAAUGUUUCAGUGAAGCAACAGCUCUACGUCUUCAGCAGGAACUCACAUCCACAUCAAAUGUGGAAAAGUCAAACUUUGUUAAUGAAAAUCGGUUUCUAUCUUCCAAUGUGUCAGCAAGUUUUGGUGAUAGUCCUAAGCAAAUUAAACAGCUGCAUGCUAACACCACUGCAGAAGUAUCUGGUUAUCCUCAUGUAAAGUCAACUGCAUUGCAUAUGCAGAACGGUGCACCAUCUAAUUUAUCACAGUUUGACACUCCAUCGCCAACUUCAACGCAGGCUUCUGGCAUUGCUCCACCACCACUCUUUCGGAAUAUGCAUGCUUAUCAGAAUACAGCAGGUGGCAAUGCUCCUUCCAAACCAAAGGUUAAUGCUCCGAACCUGACACUCCGAAGAAAAUACAUCGAUGAAGCAGGCCUAAAGAAGGUUUCUGGAAGGCUGUUUAAUCAGAGUAGUGAUUCAGUUCCUCGAAGAAGUGCAAGACUUUCUAGAGAUACAACAAUAAACUCAAACUCAAAUAUCUCUCAAUUUGGAGGGAAUGGAACAGAUCACUCGUCAGGUAAAUUGCGAGUAAACUCGUCCACACCAUCAAAAUUGUGUUCAACAGCUCUACGUUCCGUGCAAGUUAGGAAAGGGAAACCACAGGCAACAGAAAAUUUUGAUGAAGGAAACAGGUACCACGUUGUUGAUGAAAUGUGGACAGAUAAUGUAACUUCAACUUCGUCUUCUACAAGUAUAGUUGAUGGAAGAUAUCCCGAGCAAGAGAAAUCUGAACGAGUUCUGUCACAGGACUCCAAAUUAGCUAUUGGUAUCAGGGAGCUAAUGGCACUCUUGCGGACACUAGGGGAAGGGUAUAGGCUUUCUUGCUUGUUUAAGUGUCAGGAAGCAUUGGAAGUAUAUAGAAAGCUCCCAGAGGCACAAUUUAAUACUGGAUGGGUUCUUUGCCAGGUUGGGAAGACAUAUUUUGAACUCGUCAAUUAUUUAGAAGCCGAUCAUUUUUUUGAGUUAGCGCAUCGACUAUCACCAUGCACGUUGGAGGGAAUGGACAUUUACUCCACUGUUCUUUAUCAUUUGAAUGAGGAAAUGCGGCUAAGUUACCUUGCUCAAGAUCUUGUUUCUAUUGAUCGACUAUCUCCCCAAGCAUGGUGUGCUGUGGGAAAUUGCUUUGCCUUGAGGAAAGAUCAUGAGACUGCCUUGAAGAAUUUUCAACGUGCUGUACAGCUUGACUCAAGAGUUGCAUACGCUCACACGCUAUGCGGUCACGAGUAUUCUGCAUUGGAGGAUUAUGAGAACAGUAUAAAACUAUACCGCUCUGCACUUCAGGUAGAUGAAAGACACUACAAUGCCUGGUAUGGCCUUGGAGUGGUGUACCUUCGCCAGGAAAAGUUUGAGUUUGCUGAGCAUCAUUUCAGAAGGGCAUUCCAGAUAAAUCCUUGCUCUUCUGUUCUUAUGUGCUAUCUUGGGAUGGCCUUGCAUGCUUUAAAGAGGAAUGAGGAAGCCUUGGAAAUGAUGGAGAACGCUAUAUUUGCUGAUAAGAAGAAUCCACUCCCCAAGUAUCAAAAGGCUUUAAUCCUUCUAGGCCUACAAAAAUACCCUGAUGCUCUGGAUGAGUUGGAACGGCUAAAGGAAAUUGCACCUCAUGAAAGUAGUAUGUAUGCACUGAUGGGAAAGAUUUACAAGCAACUUAACAUUCUUGACAAGGCUGUAUUUUGCUUUGGCAUUGCCCUGGAUUUGAAACCUCCUGCUGCUGACGUUGCUAUAAUCAAGUCUGCAAUGGAGAAAGUACACCUUCCAGAUGAACUUAUGGAUGAUGAUGAUGAUGAUGAUGAGAUUUAAGCUCACUCCGAAGAACAGAGGGGAGGAACCAACAUUGAUUGGCAUGCCUGUGCUUCCCGAGUUUGUAGCCAGCGUGGCUGCGUGUGCUUCACUGCUUCCCGAGGGAACCUGGAGAUUCAAGGAAGAAUGCGCACCGUGUGCUGUUCGUAAUCUGCUUCUCCUGUGGACUAACUCUCUUUGGGGCGCGACCAUGUACCAUUAACCUUCCAGUUUUGUAGCAGUAGAUGUAACAUGUAAGAGCCUAGAUCACACAAGGCACACCAGGGCAUUAGUUUAGAUGUGUAAGUUAAGAGCGUUGGCAAUGUGAUCUGUAUCAUUGUAGAAUUGUCAGAUUACUGAAAGAAAUCAUUGACAAAUAAUGGUAAUUAUCGGAGCGAUCUGCUGACUGAAGCAGAUCGCGUAUCGCAUGAACUGUUUUACCUGGUGUCAUAUUCAAGGUUGUUAGCA